CGUGAAUUGGAGUCGGUGAAGGGGCGGCGCGUCACCCCUCUGCCGACAGCGGGCGGAUCGCUGAGAGAGAGGGACGGGUAGAAAACUAGAGAGAGAGAGAGAGGCGGAGAGAGAGGAAAACAUUUCUCCCGAUCUGAUCCCGCCAUAGUUUUUCCCACUCCUCCACCAUAAACCCAUCAUCAAAUCCACCCAGUACACCUCCUCCACAGUGCGAUAGCGAGGCUAUAGGCUGCUGCUUUAUUCGUCUGCUGGGGCCGGCUGCAAGUCAAGGGAUUUCAUUUUCUUCUCCUGCUCCAUUUAUGCAACUGGAUUUACGGCCAAAUUCAACACCGCCGCCCGAUUUGAAAUUUUUAUUUUUUUUAUUUUAAUUGAAUUUCCUUUUUUUUUUUUUGUUAGGGGAUUUUUGCACUCCGGUGUGCGAUUUCCACUUUCUGUUAUAGUGCGAGCGAGUGUGGCAAUAUCUUGUUGCGCUAUUUGCAAAUACAGGAGAGAAACUUUUCUUUUGCUGGUUUCAGUUUUAGUUAAUCUGGGCUUUGUUUAUUUUAGUUUUUUUUUUUUUUUUUUUUUGGGAGGAAGGACUCGGAUAAACAAUUUCCACCAUGCACAAGCUAUACAUUGGGAAUCUAGGCGAAAGCGUGACUGCCGAGGACUUAGGAAAAACCUUUGACGAACACAAGAUCCCAUACUCCGGACAGUUUCUAAUGAAAACCGGCUAUGCGUUUGUGGAUUGUCCGGACGAUCAGUGGGCUAUGAAGGCGAUCGAGACGUUUUCUGGUAAAGUGGAACUUCAUGGGAAACGUAUCGAGGUUGAGCACUCCGUCCCCAAGAAGCAAAGGACCAGGAAACUGCAGAUCAGAAACAUUCCACCUCACCUGCAGUGGGAGUCUCUGCAUCAGGUGCUGGAUGGCCUGCUGGCUCAGUGUGGAACCGUAGAAAACUGUGAACAAGUCAACACAGACAGUGAGACGGCAGUGGUUAACGUUACAUAUGCAUCCCGAGAGCAUGCCAGACAAGCCAUCCAGAAGCUGAAUGGAUACCAGUUUGAGAACAACGCCCUGCGCGUCUCCUACAUCCCAGAUGAAACCUCUGAGCUGGAGGGAGGCCAGCGGGGGCCUGACAACGGCCGUCGCCCCGGCUACGGGCCCCGCGGCGGACCCCGCGGCGGCUCCCCAAGCUCGGGGAUGCCCUGCAAGCCCCCGCACGCCGACAUCCCUCUGAGACUCCUGGUGCCCACGCAGUACGUCGGAGCCAUCAUCGGGAAGGAGGGAGCCACCAUUCGUAACAUCACCAAGCACACGCAAAGCAAGGUCGACGUGCACCGCAAAGAGAACGCGGGCGCUGCAGAGAAGCCCAUCAGUAUCCACUCCAGCCCUGAAGGCUGCUCAGCCGCUUGCCGCAUGAUCCUGGACAUCAUGCACCAGGAGGCUAAAGACACCAAGACCGCUGAUGAGGUUCCUCUGAAGAUUCUGGCUCACAACAACUUUGUCGGACGCCUGAUCGGGAAGGAGGGACGCAACCUUAAAAAAGUCGAGCAGGACACGGACACCAAGAUCACCAUCUCCCCGCUUCAGGACCUGACGCUGUAUAAUCCAGAGAGAACCAUCACGGUCAAAGGAACCAUUGACGCCUGCUGUCAGGCCGAGGUGGAGAUCAUGAAGAAGGUCAAAGAGGCCUACGAGAACGACAUCGCAGCUAUGAAUCAACAGACUCACCUGAUCCCUGGUCUUAACCUUGGCGCUCUGGGCCUCUUCCCCUCCUCCUCCAACAUGCCCCCACCGCCUCCUGGAAAUGCAACUGGUGGCGCCCCCUAUGGCUGCUUUGGGGCUCCGGAGCAGGAGACUGUUCACGUGUACAUCCCAGCGCAGGCAGUGGGCGCCAUCAUCGGAAAGAAAGGACAGCACAUCAAACAGCUGAGCCGCUUCGCUGGAGCCUCUAUCAAGAUCGCUCCUGCUGAAAGUCCAGACUCGAAAAUGAGGAUGGUGAUUGUGACAGGACCCCCUGAGGCUCAGUUUAAGGCUCAGGGCAGAAUCUACGGCAAACUGAAGGAGGAGAACUUCUUCGGGCCAAAGGAGGAGGUCAAACUGGAGACUCACAUCAAGAUGGCUGCUGCUGCUGCAGGAAGGGUCAUUGGCAAGGGAGGCAAGACGGUGAACGAGCUGCAGAAUCUGACAGCGGCUGAGGUGGUGGUCCCCAGAGAGCAGACGCCCGAUGAAAACGACCAGGUCAUCGUGAAGAUUAAUGGACAUUUCUAUGCCAGCCAGCUGGCCCAGAGGAAGAUCCGGGACAUCCUGACCCAGGUCAAACCGCCACAGAAAGGGGGCGGGAUGAGCAGCAUGGGCGGCAUGGGCUCCGGCUCUCAAACCCAGUGCUUCACAGAGAUGGGCAGCCCCACGCAGGGACUGACUCAGGAAAACCAGCCACGCAGGAAGUGAGGGUCCCGCAUCCUGCUCACGUGCUGUGGGGCCCGCCGCCUGACGGACAGACAGACACAUGCAUGGACGGAUAAACGGACGGACAGACGGAAACAGGAGAGCGACACACGGACCCAGCGAUAGACAGGGAGAGAUAUAAAAAGAGGGAAGGAUAUGCCCGAUAGCCAGAGAGAAAGACUUAGAGAGGAAAGAGAGAAGAUAAAUAAAAUCAAAAGAUGAAAUGAAUUAAAAAAAAAAAGAGGAUUAAGAUAAACAGGAACUAGAGAACAGAGACCAGAUGCCAGGCCAGAAGAGAGACUGAGUGAGGAUGGAGGGACGAAGGCAAGGAGGGAUGCAGAGAGGGAGGGGCGGUGUCCUCCUAGUGUGCUCUGUUGUGGCUGCUACCAGCUCCUCAUCUGCUGUGAUUUUAACAGAUCGAGCACCGGAUAGGUUUAAACGACAGGGGCCGGAGAUCUUCUCCUUGUGAAGCUGGGGCAUCACUGCCUGUUGUUUACACCCAUCUACUGCAGGGAGGAAGGGACACACUAGCAGGGGCCUCCUGUUUGUCCUCCUGUUUGUACCCUCUGUAGACCUUCCCAACCAUCUGCAGUCAGUCCUAUAUUUUAAGGGUGGUUUUUUUAAACAUAGAGAUAUAUGUAUAGAAAUGUUUUAUUCAGAGCUAUUAUUGAUAGAAUGCAGUGAGGUGGAGCCGGGAGAGGGAGCAGGGGAAACUGCUGCAGCGGCGCAGAGGUAUAGGCUACUGGUUUGGCGCUAUAGCCUCAACCACCUCUAACCUCCUAGCCAGUGAAAGUUUAGAAGAGGGGCCGCAGAUGUUAACACUGCUCUUUAACCACCUCUCUGAGUAGCAGAGAGAUUAUGAGACAAAAAAAAGAAGAAAAUAUGAGGUUGUAAAUAUAUAAUCUUCAUGUAAAUGUUAAGAAAUGCUGCGUCUAGCCGGCUUUGCCUGUUUAUUUUCUUCGUAAGGAAAGGGGUCUUCUGUAUGUUUCCCCAGUCCCUUGGCUAUGAUAUGUAGCAUAAUGUAGCCUACAGUGAGGCUGGGGGGCUGGGAAGGCACUGAGCAACCCCCCCACCCUUCUAUGUAAGGCAGGCGGGAGAAGGCGCAGCAAGAGACAGUAAGGAGAGCGGAGGUCGCGGCUGGUCCUGCAGUUCUAAUGCAGUGGCUCAGCUUACAUGCGUGAAAUCGUAAAAAAAACAAAAACAGCUUUGUUAAAACCGCCAGCAGCUAUGCUAGCUGGCCAGCGGCCCGCGCCUUAAACGGCAUAUUUUAUAUAUAUUAUAUAUAUAUGAUAUGUGAGUUAGCCCGGCCCCUCGGGUGAAUGUACGGAAGGCAGUGAGUCAGGUGUGAGAUUUAAGUCCGACAGUGACAGACAGACAAGGUGUGUCUGAGUGUUUCUGCUCAUUGUAUUUGUCCAGCCUGAGACAGGAUGGCUUUUUUUUCCUCAUUGAGGCUUAGGGUCCUUAAGAACAUCUCCGCAUUGAAGUCAUUUUCUUCUAAUGCUCGUAGGAAAGAAGGACUAGCCUUGACCAUGCGCAGGAACCAAAAAAGAAAAAGAAAAAAGUCUUCCAAAGCUCUUUGCCUUGAGUUCAGCAACGGUAAAAUCAGACAGAUGGGGAGCAGCUUCCUCGUUCUCUCUCCCGAUCUGCCAAAGGCCUGUGUGUGCGGAGCCUCCAGACCCUGCCUGCGUAUGAUAAUGAGGGGCGGGGGUCUACACCUGGACGCUCCUGCCAAGAUUAGAACAGAUUAGAGAAGAAAUGAAAAAGAAAAAAAACCUACCUCAGGGUAAAGUUACCUCAGUAUUCCUAACUUUUUUUGCUUGCUGGUGUUUUAUAUAAGAAGAAAAAAAAGAAAAGAAGAGCUGAUAGUCCUGAAUAUUUUUUAUUUUUUUAAGAAAAAAAGUAAUUUUUUUUAGGUAUUUUCUUGUUUUUUUUUUUCCUGUUUUUUUUUUUGUUUUGUUUUGUUUUUUUUUUAUUAUUUUUUUUUUGAGGGGGGGUGGGGUUGUGAUGAUGGUUGAAUGAGUUCAGGAGGACGAGGAGGUCGUGUUUUCCUUGCAAAACAAAGAGAGAGAUGAAUGGUUGUCUGGAGAGGUGAUAGGCCUGACGCCAUUUUGCCUUUUUAGUGGGGAAAUGUGCUCUCUGUCUUCCUGAAGUGUGACUGUAGCAGCUGAAACUGAAAAAAAAAAAACUAAAAAACUGGCCAAUGGGGAGUGGUGUUAAUGCAACAGGGGGGUCCUGACGUGCACACGGUGAAUGAACACGCCACCGGGGGCUUUUUUUUUUUUUUUUUUUUUUUUUAACAUCCUGGCCACCUUCUCUCGGUGUUGCUUUAGUCGUACCUAAUCCCCCUAAUGCUCACGGCUUCUGCCCCGCUCUGUGCCCUGAAGGACUUUCCUGUCCUGCCUUAUUUUGAUGAAAUCAUCACGAUGCGCCAAACAUUACGAGAGGGCUUGAAGUGUUCAAAUUAGAUGUGAAAAUGAGCUUUCAGAGCUGAGCAGCAGUGAACACACCACAACUAGCUCUGACUUCUCUGAAUGUGAAUAUUUAUUACCUGUGCACUGACCGCGACACCUCAGAUGCUCCCUGUUGGCUACAUAUACGUGUGUGUGUGUGUGUGUGUGUGAAUGAUGCAGGUUGCGUGUGUGAUCACUGGUUUUAAAUGUUUUUUUUUGGUUUUUUUUUGUUUUUUUUGUCCUUGUCGGGGGAUGUGUUUGGGUGAAACUUAGAAAAUAGAAAAAAGAAAAAGCAGGACGAGAAGCUAUGGUCCUUCUGUCUGUGAUCCAACUGACCGAGGAUGAGGAGAAUCCAAGACAAGAAAACUGGGGGCAAACUAAGAAGUAAAAGCAAGCGAGUUUAAAAAGGAACAGCAAGACCGUGACAUGAUAGAUAGAUUCACACCUGUACAUAAGAUGUUCAAAAGGCGACUUUUGUAUUUUUGGAGAAAAAAAAAACCUAAAAUCAUAAUGGGAAAAGCUGCUGAGAAAGGAACGACUGCGCCAAGCCAAGUCACUGAAGGACACUGCCAGAUAACUGACAACCUUUUUAAUGUCUUACCCGCGCUCGGCGACACACACCGACAGCCUUCACAAGCUCGAAACCCAGCGAACAGGGAGAAAUCUAUUCUGUGUCUAUGCUUCCAUUUAUUUGCCCAGAGGUUUCUACCUCUUUCCGAACCAUAGAGCUCUAUUCACAACCACCGAGACAUGCUAUUUAGGAUUCAUUAUUCAGCCUGCAGCCUUUUUUUUUUUUUUUUUUUGGGGUGGGGUGGGGGGGGGGGUUGGUUUUGAUUUUUUUGAAUUUUAUUUUAGGUUUUAUUUAGUUUUGACAAUACAGCAAGCUUUAUUUGGACGUGACAUCUGGGGACGUACUGUUGCACUUAACCGAUUAAAUAUGUCAACGACGUCAAACUAUCGAAAAAAACGACCUGAGAACACCUGGUGCAAAUCUCUAAAGAAAAAAAAAACAAAAACGAAAUUGGAGCGCGAAGGGACGGGGAGAGGGAAGGAUGGAAGGGAGGGAGAGAAGGAUGGGAGGGAGGUUAAAGGUGGGUUGUCUGAAUCCCACCAUCUCCUUUCUUUCCCCCCCGCCCCCGUCCUUCCACACCAACAUGCUUUCUUCUCGCCCUUCUGCGCUCUGGGAGAAGAGUGUUUUUGUUUCCUUUUAUUUAAAAAAAAAAAAAUCAUUUCAUUUUUUGGAGUGGGCGGGAAUGUCAGGGUCCCUCGCCCUCUCUUGCGCUGGUCUCCACCGUGUUCGUUUUGCUCACUUCUGUUCAAGACCUUUUUGACUUUUCUUAUUUUAACCAACUCUUUUUUUUUUCUCUCUCUCUCUCUCCUUCAAUUUUUACGUUCGGACUCUUCUUUGUUGCAAAAUGAAAAUAGUGGAAUUUGAUCAUGUUUUGUUCUUUUGCUUUUUGAAUGCACAAAUCUAUUAACAAGACGGCUACUAAAUACAAUGAAGUACUAACACGUAGCUCAGUACAUUUGACUGUGCCAAACACACAGGAAAUCCAGCGCGGAGCCAUGUUGAGCAGACGGCCUGUAACGCUGAACUUACCGAGAAGGUCUUAAGAUAACUCCCGUUCUUCAGAGUGAAGCUUACUCAUAUGUCGACGUCUCACAUUGGCGCUGAGCUCUUCUCGACUUGUUUUUGUAUGUGCAGUAGAGACAGUAGAGAAAACUUACAUUUUAGGGUUAAAGCCGAGACACGCGCCGUGCUGCCCACCCACCUACCUACGUACCUACGUACCUACCUACCGCUCCGGAAGUAAAAUCAUUAAACCUUUCUAAAGUGUCCUCUCUGCCAUUAGGAACCCACAUCUGGAUCGUUUCUGGGCCAGAAAGUGAUUACCGUGUCCACUCUUUUUUUUAUGCAAGUAAAGUGACGUAUUGAUAAGUUGCAUCACACUUUAGCAGUGUGAGAUGCCACACGGUGUAAAAACCUGAAAAUCUCUGGCACACACUGACAUUUCAAGGAAAAACUUACACUAUUCUUUUAUCAAGCUACUCCCAACAUCGUUUAAGGGACAACACCAGUGUUCUUUGCACGUUUUACCCUUUCAGUUAAUCAGUAGGGCGUCAUCCUGUCCACGUUUAAGUCUAACGGUUCACCAAACGUUCACCGCUGGCUCUGUUUUUUCGGUUCGAGAGCGUGAGCGGUGGGGUUUUUGCCGGAGCCGUUUCACUGGAAAACUGUCCAACGUUGUGCCGCGGAAAUGGAGGGAACCAAAACAUUGACGCUGCAGGCAGCACAACCAAAACAGUGAGCUGAAAGAGGCUAAAACGCUACGCAGAUCGGGCUACGAGCGAAACCUUUUUACAGUACACACAAUCAGAAAUGAGCUGUUGUCGACGUACGGUCGUCGACUGUAGCAGCUUUAAAUCUUUGCAGAGUCACUGCCAUGUCAGUUUAAAGACGACAGCGUGCUUUAUUUUUUUCUCCUGGUCCUAAAGCAUGCAUUAAAAUAUAUAUAAAACAUACGCAGCGCUUAAAUUAAAGGGUUGGACACGUUCACAAAGAAUCACUGGUGUUGUCCCUCGGAUGGUUGGGAAUUCAAACUUUGGGAAACCAUCUCACCAAGCUUAUGGUUUGUGGCAGAAGAGCAUAGCUUUGCUUUGCACCGACAAACGGAUAAAGAGCAGACAGACGGACAAACUCCAAGCUAUUGCGAGGAGGCGAAACGGCAUCGGCGCCUCCACAUUUUGUGUACCUGUCCUCCUCCUCCUCCUCACUGUCCCUCGGCAGACACGGGCUCAGACUCUUGACCUUUUCUGAGACGAAACCCGGCCCGAGGGACGGCCUACAGA